AUGAAGAACGACUUCAAAACGCGUCGUCGCGUCGCGUCGUCACACCUGAUGGCGUCGCCGGUCGCGGCCGCUUCCGCGGCCGCGGACCCCGACCCGGCGCCGCUCUUCCCGAGCCUCCCCGACGACGUCCUCGCGCGCAUCCUCGCGCUCGUGCCCGACGAGCGCGACCUCGCGCGGCUCUCGUGCGUCUGCGCCGUCUGGAGAGACGCGCUGGCGACAUCGCGCGCGUGGGAGACGCUCUGUCGAUCUGGGUCCCUCGCCGCGCGAAUCGCCCCGAAGCGCCCGCGACGGCCGCACCGCUCGAUAUACCUCGACCACCUCCGCGACCGACGCGCGCGAAGACGCGCGGCGUACGACGGCGUCGUCGACAUCGCGCACGAGCAUGCGCGCGCGGGCGGCGACGACCCCCGCGGGGACGACGCGAAGUUUCGAGCGCUGCGCCGAGCGAUCGACGACGUCGUGAAAGCGCACCAGCCCGAGGCCACGCUGCGCGACGUCCUCGACCACAGAAGCGGCGCGUACGGCGGGAGGACCAUGCUCGGGAUCGCUGCGCAGUGGGGCGCGACCGCGUUAGUGCGCGACCUGGUCGCGAGCGGCGCGGAUCGAUCGAUCGCCGACGACGACGGGUGGACGCCGCUCAUGGAGGCGGCGUUUCGAGGCAACAGAGAAAACGUCUCGACGCUCGCCGCCGAUACCGUAUCGCGCGUCUGGGACGACCACACACACAUACCGCGCUACGACGUCUCGCGGGAACCGUGGGUGACGGACGCGAGGGCGAGCAGGCGGUGCGAGGCGAAGGGCGCGGGGGUGGGCGCGGGCCGUGUGCGCGGGCCGUUCAACGCGGCGGAGUGGGCGAGGUUUAGAGGGCACGGCGACGUCAGCGAUUGGCUUUUCGGGGAGCUCUCGACCCGGUUGUACGAGGAUUGUAAGAAGUACGGCGAUUGGUACGAGGGCGGUUGGUACACGAACACGACGCCGUGGCGGUUGUGACGUGAUGGACGGGGUACGUAGACGGGGCGUGGACUACAACUAGUCGUAGAGAGGAUUAGAUGGAGAGAGAGCGCGAACGAGGUGGAUUCAUUCUGCUUCUGUUUGCUGACUGGACUC